GAACGGUGAUAAUAUCCACGGAACAGGCUGCAGGCAGGAGGAACAAAGAAAGCCGCCUGCUCCCCGUGAGGCGCCCUUCCACUUCGUCAACACGGACAAACACCCUCUCCGACCGGGUAUAUUUCCUCUUUACUUCAAACUGUUCUGCGUAACUGUUGCAUGUUACGAGUUAAGUUUGAGUGGCUGUUUUUUUUUUGCUGAGGAAAGAGGAAACUUGGCGUCGUGAGUUUUUUUUUUUUUUUCACGGGUCGCCUUCCUUCGAAGCCUUCCUACCUGCUCGCUGUAAGGUUGCUUAUGGAAAUAACCAGAGCUUUCAUUGUGUGACCCACGCCCCGCUGACCUGGCAGAGAUGCACUUUUCUCAACACACCUGCACUCAGAUGGAUUAAGAGGAGUGUGGUUCCCCCUGGCUGAAUACAGCGUGUGUCCACUGGCCUCUUUCCACCCAGAACCCAGCGUGUUGUCACUGUGCUCAUGAGGUAACGUCAGGACCUACUGGCCCCUCAUUACCACCGUUGGCCCGUCCAUUUCCCUCCCCUCUGUGCCUUCAUCAUUUGGAUCUACCCAGCCAUGGGCCAGAAGAUCUCAGGCAGCAUCAAAUCGGUGGAUGUACGGGGGGAGCCCUCAUACCGGCCAGUGCGCCGUGAGCUGCGGGGCCCAGAUUUCUGUCGACCCCCUAGGCUGGACUUACUGCUGGACAUGCCACCAGCCAGCACAGAGACUCAGCUUCGCCACGCCUGGAACCCAGACGAUCGUUCGCUCAACGUCUUUGUCAAGGAGGACGACAAGCUGACGUUCCACCGACACCCCGUGGCACAGAGCACAGACUGUAUUCGAGGCAAGGUGGGCUACACCAGGGGACUGCACGUCUGGAGGAUUCACUGGCCGGCCAGACAAAGAGGCACCCAUGCUGUUGUGGGUGUAGGCACUGCUGAAGCACCUUUACACUCGGUGGGCUACACAGCCCUGGUGGGCUCAGACUCCGAGUCGUGGGGCUGGGACCUGGGUCGGAACAGACUCUACCAUGACGGGAAGAACCGCCCCGUUUCCACAUCGGCUCCCACAUACCCUUGUUUCCUGGAGCCGGACGAGUCAUUUGUGCUUCCAGAUUGUCUGACAGUAAUACUUGAUAUGGAUGAAGGGACGCUGAGCUUCAUGGUGGAUGGACAGUAUCUGGGAGUGGCUUUCAGGGGACUAAAAGGCAAGAGACUGUAUCCCAUCGUCAGUGCUGUGUGGGGACACUGCGAAGUGUCCAUCCGUUACGUCAACGGACUAGAUCCGGAGCCCCUCCCCCUCAUGGACCUGUGCAGAAGAGUAGCUCGACUGGCUCUGGGUAGAGAGCGCAUCCAUCACAUCGACACACUCCCUCUGCCGCAGACUCUCAAGAACUACCUCCAGUACCAGUGACGGCACACAGACAGACAGACAGACAGACAGAAAGUGAGGUCCAUUUGUUCUGAUGCUAACUUCAUCCCACCUCUCAGACAUCUGCAGAGGAUGUGGACGAUGACAUUGACUAUGAACAGGUGGUUAAAACUGCGCUGCAAGGGGUUUUGUUUACACCAGUUGGGGUUUUUCCAUUUCGGAUGUUUUUAUCUCUUGGUUUUAAGCUUUUUUUUUUCCCCUUCUUCUUUUUCUUCCUUAUUGCUGAUGUCUGUCUCUCUCCCGGACAGACGACUAGAGGAGCUGAUGAAUGAAAUGAAGGGAGCAAGAGAUUAAAAAAAGAAUGUUUCCUGUUCAUGGCAGAUAUAGCGUCGUGACCUCAGUAAGGCCUUAAAUACUGUGGUUUUUAGGCUACAGUUCACCCGGGCGUCUGCUCUGUACAGACUCUGUCGAAGCCUCAUGUUGGUAUUUAUAACUAAAUUCCCAACAACGCAGCAGGCUCUGUGGAGACGCAACAAUCCCUGCAAGCCGCAGGGGAGGGAGAGUGAGUAAGCAGGAGAGAGGGGGAGAAAGUCCACACACACAGUACUAUUUUUGUUAGCGUGUGUACACUGAAGAACACAUGGAACACAUAUAUGCUGUGUAUGCCUGUGUCACGAGUGUACGGAAACAAAGCCCGCACUGUCUGGAGCAAGAAGACGACUUAUUGACAAGCAGCCAGUCACCGACUACAGGCUGGGAAACACUACAGCUCCAGUCUUAAAUCCCCCUCCUCUCUCCUGUGAGCUGCAUCUCUGGCUGCAGUUUGAUUUAAGCCUCCAUCAGGCCUGGUGAACUGGAAGGACCGCGGCCGCCGGUCGUCGACUCUGUAGCUCCUGUUGCGCUGAUAGAGAUUGAUUCGAAGGUGAAGUUGUGUCUUCGACUGCUAAUGUGCCUCCUCUGCUGCAGCACACGCACAGGAAAACAAAAGCACAAAAGACUUCUGCCUAAUCAGAAGACACUUCUUAGGUUUUAAAUGCUGCUUUCCUAUCUUUUUCUUCCACCGUCUAACCAGCGGUUUUUAUCCUUGAUUUGCUUUUGAAAAUUAUGAGUUUUUUUUUUUUUUUUUUUUUUUAUUUUGAGAUUUGUCUGCGGGACAGGGCGUCUCGUAUGUAUAGGUGGAAGAAUGUGCUGCCAUGAAAAUGUUUUAAAUGUGAAUAAGAAUAAACUCGGCUAAAGUAA